AUAAUAGUGGUGGUAAAGUGGGUUUGAACUUGCAGCCGAGGGUGAGUGGAGGAUAGUUCUCACUGAUUCCGUGUCGGACCAGCCUGAGGUUUGCGGAGAGAUCUACUCGGCACAAACAUCUCUCUGGAACUUACAGUUGGAGCUCUAGACUUCACGUCAGAUAUUGGAUUCCACAACUUCAGAGUCACCGCAGAGAUGUCACUACGAAUCAGACACCUGCUGUGGCUGGUGUGUUUGUGCUCGAGCUACGCUGAGCACGACCAAGCCUGGAAGAUGACAAUGGAAAAGAGCUCACCGGCUAGCGGCUCUCUGGCCGGCAAGGCGGUGUUGCCAUGCCACUUCUCAAUCACGCCAACCACCUCCGACAGCCCCACGCACACCCUUCACCCCCACCCCCGCAACUCUCCCACGCAGAGCCCCGAGGACCAGCUACGGAUCAAGUGGAUACGGUUGGAGGGUGAGGCGGAGAAGGUGGUGCUGGUAGCCCAGGGAGGAGUGGUCAAGGUGGGCCAGGAGUUUCAAGGCAGGGUGGCUGUCGCCAGCCACCCCGGGGCAGUAGGGGACGCCUCGCUGACCAUCGUCCGCCUGAGGGCUAGCGAUGCCGGCCUGUACCGCUGUGAAGUCAUGCACGGGAUGGAGGACACCCAGGCUUCAGUCAGUCUCAACGUCAGCGGCGUUGUGUUCCACUACCGGGCCAGUACCAGUCGCUACACUCUCGACUUCCAAGGCGCUGUGGACGCAUGUCAGUCAGCCGGGGCCACCAUCGCUACCGCGGAGCAGCUGCACGCCGCCUUCGAGGACGGCCUCGACCAGUGCGACGCCGGCUGGCUCGCUGACCAGACCGUCAGAUACCCAAUCACAAAGCCCCGUCCUGGUUGCUCAGGCGAUAUGAAGAACAGACCUGGUGUGAGGACGUAUGGGCUGCGGGACCCGACAGAGACGUACGAUGUUUACUGCUAUGUGGACAAACUGCACGGAGAGGUAUUCUACCCUGCCAUCCGCUACAAACUGACCUUUCGCCAGGCCACCCGUCUGUGUGUGAGCGAAGGGGCAGUGCUGGCCUCCCCUGGCCAGCUGUUCGCAGCCUGGAGGAGGGGUCUGGACCGCUGUGACUACGGCUGGCUGUCGGACGGCAGCGCCCGCUACCCCGUCUCGGUCCCCAGGCCCCAGUGUGGAGGGGGCCUCCUGGGGGUCCGCACCCUCUAUAAACACGCCGACCAGACCGGCUUCCCCAAGCCCACUGACCUGCAUGGGGCUUUCUGCUUCAAGGGUAAGGAACCAGAGAUCACUACUCCUGGACCAAUCACAACCCCGGAGGCUCUCCGACCGCACGCAGCGCCCAGAGCUCACCUUGCCGUUACAGUCAGGCCCCGACACCAACCCCACACCACCACCUUCGGGUCCCACCUCCCCCCCACAGACUCCCCCUCCCCCCCGGCCACGGUGAGCACUCCCUUCCCCGAUUUCGACGCGGACGACUUCGAUCAGAAGGACCCCAGCCUGGUCGAGUCCCUGCCCCGGGGGGAUAUCCUCUCCUUGCAGUUUCCCCCCCUGCCCACCACCGUCUCCCAGCCCUCGCAGCUGGACAUCGCCCAGGGGGGAGAGCCCUCCGACAGGGAGGAAGGAGGCUCCGGCCGGGGGGAGGAGAGCAGCGGGAGCGGGGAGGGCAGCGGGAGCGGGGAGGGAUCCAGCGAGGGGGAGGAGGGGGAUGGGGUGACUCCCCAGGCCGGGGGCAGGAAGGUCACCCCUGAGCCAGGCCUGCCUGACAGCACCCGCCAGCCAGGCCAGCGGCCUGCUGUGGUCUACAAGGAGGAGGGGCCAGAUUCUGGGGCCUUGCCAAGAGUUCCAGCCGGCACCACCCAGUCAAGCGCUGGGGACCAAUCGGUGGCCACCUCAAGCGCCGGGGACCAAUCGGUGGCCACCUCUGGAGCAGCCUCGCCCACCAAGGCGCCGUACCAGCUGAUCAUCGUCAACGUGCACGACAAAAACCACUCAGGUGAGCGUUUGGAGGAAAGUCCCCCCUCCCCCCCGGGGUCUCUGAGUUUGACUCGUUCUCUAGUUGACCUGUUUGCCAGAUGCUGUCGCUUCUGCGCGAUGCUGGCAGGGCUGGUCUGCUCGCGUGUGUUUGCUGUGGAUCACCACGGGCAGACAGAACCCUCUACCUCAGACCUUCACUUCGCUGUGCCGUUGGGGUUGUGUUUUGGAGAAACGGCCCUCGGAAACAGUCACUCUCCGUUCCCCUGA